AUGCAGUCCGCCAUGCAGGAGCAACAUCUGGGUAAUGUUCUUGUAGUUGGAGGAUGCGGAUUUAUGGGCCACCAUCUCGUGAAAGCCCUCCUCAAAGAGGCUAUGAUUGGUCAAGUCUCCGUCUUCAGCAGGAAUCCAAGAGAGAAUAGACAUCCAGGUGUUUCAUACCAUACGGGGGAUAUCUCAUCAUUCCAGCAAGUUAGCAGCCUUCUUGAAGAGACCAUGCCUCGGGUUAUCUUUCAUGUUGCGUCUCCGGAUCCAUAUGUCGAUCCUCCCAACCACCUUCUCUACCGAAGAGUGAACGUCGAUGGCACUGCCAACCUUCUCGCAUGUGCCGCAGUUGCGCCUUCCGUUGUUGCUUUAGUGUAUACCUCAUCUUUGACAGUGUAUGGAUACGACGACCGUGGGGAAAUCUUGAACGCUGAUGAGACCCACCAUAUUCUCAACGGCCCCGUCACCAAAGAAGAUCCUUACCCGGCCAGUAAAGCUUUGGCCGAUGCCCAAGUUCUUGUCGCAAACAACCCAUCCUUUAGCCGGUGCAAUUUUGAAGGGUGCUCACAUCCACACUUACGCACCGCAUGCGUCAGAAUUCCCGGUAUCUACGGGGAGGGCGAUGAGAACAUGACAAUGCUAGGGCUUCAAUUGGCGCGAUAUGGACUAUCUUCUGUGCAGCUUGGUAACAACACCACUUUAUUCGAUCCAAUAUAUGUUGGAAAUGCUGUGUUUGGUCAUAUGUUAGCAGCAAAAGCUCUUUUGACUGAGCUCCGAAUGGACAUUGAUAAUUCUAGAAAAGGAAUCAAUCCAGUGGUGGAGCAGUCUGGAGACCAAAUCUGCGGCGAGGCUUUCAACAUCACAGAUGAUUUACCCUCUCCUUUUUGGUUUUAUAUGCGCAAGUUCUAUGCAGCAGCGGGGUAUGAGCCAGGCCCUCGGAAUAUAUGGAUUGUCCCCACUUCGCUUGUCUUCUUCAUUGCAUUGGUCACGGAGUACUUCUUUUGGAUUGUGUUUCGAGGCAAGAGAAGACCUCAAAUUCUGAUUCGUUCGAAACUGGAACAUCUUUGCAUGAACAGAACUUACAACGUCAAUAAAGCAAAGAAAAGGCUGGGAUGGUAUGCAAUUGUCCCUAUUGAUGCCGCUAUUGAGAGUAGUGUGAAAUGGGGCCUCGACAGAUUGACGGCGGAAAAGAGGAGGUAG